AUGGCUGCAUAUGUAUAUGUGUACCGUGGUGUACAUGAAUAUGGGAAGAAGAUUGCUGUCAAGAUGUUCCACGACGACACGCCAACACAUGCUGAUGGUGGUCAUGAGCAAUUCCAGAAGGUGUUCUGCAACCUCAAGAGGCUCCGACACCAGAACAUCGUGCGGUUGCUUGGGUACUGCUAUGAAACGCAGCAAAAACACAUGGAAUAUGAGGGGAGAAAGAUUUUCUGUGAAAAGACACAAAGAGCGCUCAGUUCCGAGUAUAUGCACAACGGAGACCUUGACAAGUAUCUUCUUUCUGAUAAAUACAAAGGAGAUACUUGGCAGACAUGCUACGGAAUGAUUAAGGGGAUUUGCAAGGGUUUGAAAUACCUUCACGAGGACUUGGAAUCUCCUAUUUAUCAUUUGGAUCUAAAGCCAUCCAAUGUGUUGCUGGAUGAGAAGCUUGUGCCGAAGCUCGCGGAUUACGGCUUGUCAAGGCUAUCUGGAGAUGAGCAGACACAAAUCAUGAAAUGUUUCAUGGGAACAAUUGGGCACGUGCCACCAGAAUACAUAGAUGAGAAUGUAAUCUCAAAUAAAUUCGACAUAUUCAGCUUGGGGGCUAUCAUCAUAAAGAUACUUGCAGGACCGAUGAGUUACUCAAAACGUGCCGAGAUGUCCACCCAGCAAUUCGUUGAGCUUGUACAUGGAAAUUGGAGGGAUAAGCUCCACGCUACAUCAACAUAUGCAUUGGAGGUAUAUUCUGAGCAAGUAAGGAGCUGCAUAGAAAUAGCUUUAAGUUGUGUAGACGCCGACCAAUGCAAAAGGCCGAGCAUUGGAGAAAUCAUUGAUAAGUUAAUUCAGAUGGAGACUAGGAUUCACAAAAUGACCCAAUCUCCAGGAACAUCAAUGGAUCAGAUGGGCUCCUGCUUGCUGGAUGCAUCUGAAAAGAGAGGAAGAGAGUUGUUAGGUGUCCAUCCCCUCCAGCUCCGGUUCCCCUUUGAACCGAAUAAGUUGAUCCCCUACCAACUUAAUCUAACGAACAACUCAGAUGAGUAUGUCGACUUUAGGUGUGUCCCAAAAAAACCCAAGAGUUUCUUGAAUGGACUGUCGCGGCUCCAUGGAAGCAUGCCGCCAAACACCAGUUGCAUAUACGUUGUAACGAUGGAAAAGCACCAGCAACCACCUGCAAACAUGGACACUCUUGAUGUUAUCCUAGAGAGCUGGGUAGGACAUAGAUACACGUGUGGGUGGGGCAUGGAUGACUACUUCUCUACGGGGCCCAAAGAGGAUCUGAGCGGCUGUCCGGUGCAAAAGGUAACACUGAAGGCUGUUUGUGAGCCAGCAGGCAAGAUGAUGGCAUCUGAGGAGAGGGUGAUGUCGCUGAGACCUGUAAAGGAGCCAGCACCAUGUGCUGGAGACCAUUGGAUGCUUUCUGCUAAAUUCAUCGCGCGGGAGGAAUGGUUCGUGGCCGGCGACAUCCACGUGCUCUCAUCUGCGAUGAUGGAUGAGAUCACGCAGUUCAAAGCUCACACGGGCUGGGUCGAAUCGCUGGCCAUUCACCCGAGUCGCCCGCUUGUGCUGUCGGCAUCCAACGACAGCUUAAUCAAGCUAUGGAACUGGGAGACUGACUGGUCAUGCAUUCAGAUAUUCGAAGCGCACUCACGCAAUGUGCAGCAAAUCAAGUUUAACCCGCUGGAAGGCAACACUUUCGCAAGUGCUUCAAAAGAUGGCACAACAAAGACAAAGAAAUGUAUCCAAGAACUCGAGGGACUCCAACGUAUGUCUGGCGUCAAUGUUGGUGUGAUCGAUGGCAUGCAAGGGCAUCCUGUUCUAAUAACAUCUUCAGAUGAAUAUGCUAUUUCUUUGCGCAACUACAACACCUAUGGGUAA